ACCUCAAACAAAAGCAAACGCAAUUAGCCUUCAUAAGAGAGAAGUCCUCUCACAGAAACAGCAGCCACAUCAACCAAACAAUACCUCUUCUUCUUCGUCUCCUCCAUCGAAAGAGAGUCUCUUUUCUCUCUCUUUCUCCCUUCAAUCUCUAGGGUUUUCGUUAGAACGGCGAAAAGAUGUUCGGUAGAGGACCCUCGAAGAAGAGCGACAACACUAAGUUCUACGAGAUCUUAGGUGUUCCUAAGAACGCAUCACCAGAAGAUCUCAAGAAAGCUUACAAAAAAGCUGCUAUCAAGAACCAUCCUGAUAAGGGUGGAGAUCCCGAGAAGUUCAAAGAGUUAGCUCAAGCUUAUGAAGUUCUUAGUGACCCGGAGAAGCGUGAGAUUUAUGACCAGUAUGGAGAGGAUGCACUCAAGGAAGGAAUGGGUGGUGGAGGAGGUGGACAUGAUCCAUUUGAUAUUUUCUCAUCCUUCUUUGGUAGAAGCCCCUUUGGAGAUGGUGGUAGCAGCCGGGGAAGGAGGCAGAGGCGUGGUGAGGAUGUUGUUCAUCCUUUGAAGGUUUCUCUUGAGGAUGUUUACCUUGGAACAAUGAAGAAGCUCUCACUUUCUAGGAAUGCUCUCUGCUCAAAGUGUAACGGAAAGGGGUCAAAAUCUGGAGCCUCCAUGAAAUGUGGUGGAUGUCAAGGUUCUGGUAUGAAGGUGUCAAUUAGGCAGCUCGGACCUGGAAUGAUCCAGCAGAUGCAGCAUGCAUGUAAUGAAUGCAAAGGAACAGGUGAGACAAUCAAUGAUCGCGACAGAUGUCCGCAAUGCAAAGGAGACAAGGUGAUUCCUGAGAAGAAGGUGCUUGAAGUGAAUGUUGAGAAGGGAAUGCAACACAGUCAGAAGAUCACAUUCGAAGGACAAGCAGAUGAAGCGCCCGACACUGUCACUGGAGAUAUAGUGUUUGUCCUUCAGCAGAAAGAGCAUCCGAAGUUCAAGAGAAAGGGAGAAGACCUCUUUGUGGAGCACACACUUUCUCUAACAGAAGCUUUAUGUGGCUUCCAAUUUGUUCUGACUCACUUGGAUGGCAGAAAUCUUCUCAUUAAAUCUAAUCCUGGGGAGGUCGUGAAACCUGAUUCAUACAAGGCAAUUAGCGAUGAAGGAAUGCCGAUAUACCAGAGGCCAUUCAUGAAGGGUAAGCUCUACAUCCACUUCACAGUGGAGUUCCCAGACUCGCUGAGCCCUGAUCAAACCAAAGCACUGGAAGCUGUGCUGCCUAAACCCUCAACAACUCAAUUGAGUGACAUGGAGAUAGAUGAAUGCGAGGAGACCACGCUCCACGAUGUCAACAUUGAGGAUGAAAUGAAGAGGAAGGCACAAGCUCAAAGAGAGGCUUAUGACGAUGACGAUGAAGAUGAUGACCAUCCGGGUGGUGCUCAAAGGGUGCAAUGUGCUCAGCAGUAAGUAACUCCUUAGAGAGAGACUAUUACCCACAUGGGUUUGGCUCCAACCAUUUGUCUCUUGCUUUUUCAUUCUAAGUGUAUUGGAGUCUUAUGGGAGUUUGGUACGGUUUAAGAAUUUGCCCACUUCGGUGGAACAUCAACUUGUUUAUCUUUUUUCUCUGACUCUUAAAAUUAAGGCCUUAUUACACAAUUUUGUGUUUUGAUAAUAUGUAGUAAUUUAAUGUUUAAGAAUACAUACUGUGUUUUUUUCU